CUACAUCUCAUGUUAACUUCUUCAAACUAUGUAAUGAGGCAAGAUUUUCCUUGUAUUCAAUAUAAAAACCCUAAUAUUUUCUUAAAGGGCCACACUCGUUCCUGGUACAGCAUUCCUAAUUUGCUCACAAAAUGUUACAGUGGCUCCAAGCCUGACGGAAGUCUUGGACCAAUAGACCCAACAAUUGAUGCAAAUUAUGAUUUUCUCAAGUCCUUUUUCACCGAAAUUUCAGAAGUUUUCCCGGAUUAUUAUAUGCAUCUUGGAGGGGAUGAAGUAUCAUUCUAUUGCUGGCAGACGAACCCAAUCAUAAAGAAAUGGAUGGAUGAACAUGGUGUCAAAAAUUACUCGGCCCUUGAGCAGUACUAUGAGCAAAAGUUGAUUGACAUAAUCAAUGGACUUAAGAAAGGAUACGUUAUCUGGCAAGAAGUUAUCGAUAACGGCGUUAAGGUAAAGCAAGACACCAUAGUAAAUGUAUGGAAAGGAGGCUGGCAAAACGAGAUGGCCAAAGUUACAGCACAGGGUUACAGAGCGAUCUUGUCGUCCUGCUGGUAUCUGAACUAUAUUUCAUACGGUCCUGACUGGCCAAAUUAUUAUAAAUGUGACCCUCAAGAUUUCACUGGUACAAAGGAGCAGAAGGAUCUUGUCAUUGGUGGAACCGGUUGUAUGUGGGGUGAAUGGGUGGAUGGAACAAACUUGCUGUCAAGAACAUGGGGCAGAGCUCUAGCAGUGGGUGAAAGAUUGUGGAGUAGCAAAGAGACAAAUGAUGCCAAAGAGGCAGAAGGCAGAAUUUGGGAGCAUCGAUGCAGAUACCUCAGGUAUGACAACCUUAGUCUUUCUUUAUUGGUAUGAAUACGUCAGGUUAUCAGCCAGGAAGUCAUGAUGAAACACGUUUAUUAAGCGACUGUGGAACUGCCGCGAUCAUUUUGACAAAGGACUUAAGUAGCUUAUUUGACAGAACGACGAG